AGGCGACGUAGGAAAACUAGACCGUAGCUCUUUCCGAUUUGAGUCAAGUAGUGAACGAAGCAGAAGAAAUAGAGAAGCACACGACGAGGUCUUUGAGUUUAUUUGUGACGACCUCAGAUCAUCAUUCUGGCCGCAGAUAUUUGUAAGUCCACCGUAGCCGACGUAGACGUUGAUACCGUGGUAUAGUUUCGAUUUUCGCAAAUAUCAAUAUGGGCCGUCGUGGCGGGCAGAAGAACCAGGAAGCCCGGCAACGGGCAAAGGAACAGGCGAAGUUGGAAAAGCCUGAUGGAUCUUCAAAAGCGGUCGUGAUAGAAGCUACGACUACCUCCACAAUGGAAGAUACAGUUCUUGGGGAGAACAGCAACAAACAGCGCCAGAUGAACCGCGCGACUGAUCUGGACCUCGAUUCCAGUUUCGAAGACAGAGGCAGCGGGUUUCUUGACACCAGUUCUGAUGCGGAGCAAAAAAAUGAAAAACAACACGGCGACCAAAAUCAUUGCACGAAGAACAACUACGAGGAAUCAGAAGAAGAGUGGGAAGCACAUGACCGCGCGCCGUCUGACAGCACUUCCUCCGAAGACGACGAGCCUAUCGGUCGGCAGUGUUUUGCCCUGAUCGACGAGCGAGAUGGGCAGGAAAAACCGCCGAAAAAACCGGACUGGGGAAAGGAGAAGCUUGAAGAUUUGGACGCGAUCGAAUAUUUAAGGCGCGUACAGUAUGGAAGCGUCAGGUUUGAAAUCGACAAAGUUGAAAUGAUUUGUCAUGCAUAAAAUGUAUACCAGUUGGAAACCCAAUUUCCAAGCGGCGCAUCACAAAUUUUCCGAGCACCGAAAUCCAAUUAGUCAUGCUGUUUGGGCACAGACGACUGCUUUUGUCAUGCUCCUUUAGCAGCUCUACUUCAAACCCUAAACAGGCUGACACGCGGCCUCACUUGCCAUCCCGGCAAGACAGGCACUUCAUGCCUUGCAUUUUAUGCAUGACAAAUCAUUUCAACUUUGACGAUUUCAAACCUGACGCUUCCAUAUACAGUACGAGCGGCUGUACCAGUGCCCGAAAGUUGUCGUUGCGAAGGAGGUAUCCUGUGCAAAAGUAUCGUACUCGUAGUAAUCGCAAACGUGCAUUACAAAUCUUGCUCUUAAGGUAAAUCCGCAUUACAAAUUUUAUUUUUCAUGCUGAGAAAAUUUGUAAUGCAUUGAUACGAGUACGAUACUUUUGCAAUCCAUAGGAGGUGGAGGAGAAGGCGAGCAGGCGGAAAAUAAAGCAGCUGGAGAACGAUAAGUCUGUGAAUGCCCCGGAACAAGCUGCACCGGAGCAGCUGCCCCCGAGCGGCAAGAUGAAUCAGACCACCGCGACAGGUGCUGGUGUGCAGCUCCCGGCGGACAGUGGAACUUGUACUGGAGCAACUACUGUAGAUGCGGAUGCAACGAGGCCAUCAACGCUGCUGCAAGAGCCAGAAACCACCACGACGGCACUGGCCAAAGACCAAGGCAAACUGAAGGACGCAAAUGAACAGAAACAAGACCACUUCCAGGAGCAGCACAGUGGUAUUACUUCCAAACCUGCCAUUUCUGCGACCGCGAGACUGUUCCAAGAGACGUCGUGGUCGGACAUGCAGCGGAAGAUGGUCAAGGUCAGCCCCAGACUGUUCCAAGAGACGUCGUGGUCGGACAUGCAGCGGAAAAUGGUCAGCCCGAAUGCAGAGGAGAUUCAGUUCCUGGAAAAGUUUGGAGAAUUGCGAGCGAAGCUGCAGGCGGAAAUACAGAAACCAGUUACAACAAGUUCGCCACUGGCAGAUGCUGAUGCGCCGGAUGAAGAGAGCGCGGAGGUGGAUGACGAUGAAAGCGAUGGAGAAGUAGUGGAGAUGCUGGAAGAGGACAAGGACAACUUGUUUGCGGAGCUACACGACAAUUCGUCCGUAGCCGACGACGAUGACGAUAGUGAUGAAGAAUCCGAUCAAUUCGAUAAAGAGGUGGAUCCCAUGCCCCAGCCCGUCAAGAAGAAAGGGAAAGGAAAACAGCACUCCCUUCAUCGCAAAUCCGAAACUAUGCUGAGAUACAAGAAGCAGAAGACCGUUUUCGAUUUCACGCUUCUCGGCAAAGAUGGAAGCGAAAACAGCGACGGUUCCUCAGACGAGGAAGAGGAAGAUGCGGGGUCGGACGGGGUGGAAAUUUUCGAACAAGAGCCAAAUGAUGAAGAAGAAAUCCCCUCGGAGGACGGCGACGGAGAUCAUGAAGAUCAGGCUGAUGCGGCAGUCGAAAAAAUAGAUGAGGAGCUACAAGAAGAAGACAAGCAACACGAGCAGCAACAAGAUUUGACUUUGUUGUCGGCUCAAAAAACUGCUACUUUUGGCAGCUCUGACGAUGCCGAGCUGAAGGAGGACGGAACAAAAUCUUUACCGUCAGACGAAUUCCAUGCGGAAGGAAGUUCUAAGACCCACAAGGCGGUGGCGGUGAAACUACAAAAUGCAGCACCAGAUGCAACAACUGCCUGCACAACAACGACCAGCAUGCUAAAUGAUGAAAUCAACGUCAACAGCUCAAUGCUCAGCUACAUCCACCAAACGCUUUUGUCCCCGGACCACCGACAGAACCCGAUCCUGAUUGGAAAACAACUCACGUUGAAAGUGAAUCAGCUCAUUUCGCGCGCCAACGCGAUGCAAGAUGGACAGUGUCUGUUGUCCGAGGUGGUGGAGAACGGGAGAAAAAUCGAAAUUUUAUUCGGGGAAGUCUUUGCCUGUCUGGCGUUGCUCGAAAAACCCUUUCUGGAUGACACCAUGCACAUGAUGCAGAAGCUUCGGCGGUUCUGCGAGAAAAAACUCAACUUCGACGUUUUGGUUCCUCCGGGGGGAAAAAAAAUGAACGCUGUGGUUGAACACGAGAAGCAGUAUCGACUGUUGUAUCACAUCGUCAGUGGAAAAGAGUUCCGGCAGAUUUGAGAUGAAGCGUUUGUCAGUGUGGUGCGACGAUCUCAAUGUAGCAGAAGUUCUUUUUGGCGGGAGAGAGUAGAUCUCCGUCUGAAAGAGAAGCCCAGAUGAAACAGCGAAAAAUCCGCUCGAAAAAUGCGCUCCGAUACUAGCACGACUUUGUUACUGUUUUCGCAUCCAUAAGAAAAAAAAGAAUUCGGGACUCGAUUAAGGUCACCGUGAGAUUGUGCGGUAGUUGUUGCUCGCUUGUUUUAU